CCUAAGGGGGAAUGAGCUCAUAGGGAGAAGCUUAUACCGAUUUGCUGCGGAAAUAAACGGGGGGAUAUAACACCGAGUCUCUAAUGCGCUACUUAAGAUUUAAAACUAAAAUUAGGAUGUUGUUGAUGUUUUGAAGGAUCGCGAGUUCUUGUUCGUGUGCUCGAACUCCAGGUUUCAAGUAUGCAGCCCAUUUUGUUUUGUGACGUUGGACUUCCAUGUCCCUAGCCUGCCAGCCAGCUUAGCUUCGUGCGUUUCUCUUUCAGCUUGCUCUGUUAGCAUAAUGUAAACAAUCAUAUAAAAAUUUAAAUGGAACCAUUUACAUUUUAAGCAUUAACACUGGUGUAUUUGAGUACAUUUACUGUACUGCUGAUCAUUUACUGACUAGCGUUAGUCGUAGAUUUUAGUCUUAGUGACACUUGCAUCACUUUAAAAAAAGCCACUGGGUUUUCACUGUUCAGCUAUGAGGAGGGAUUCCUCCUCCAUCGCUUAUUGUUGAAGGUUACCAUGAGUGGAUGACCAAGGAGAAAACAAUGAUAACAGGACUGCAUUUGCUUUUGGAAUGUGUACUAGCAUAUUAGGGUCUUUGGUCAAAUCGGCUAUAAUGUUCCCACUGAUAUGUAGUGGAUAAGUGUGAGUUUAUGGAGAAUUAGUCCUUCGAGGAGAAAACCAGGAUGGCUCAAACAUGGAAUGCACAUCAGCAAGCGCAGAUUCUAAAGCAACAAUCUAAACAGAGCCCGGAAACUUCAGUUGGAUCUAUGGACUGUAACGGAAUUUCAGUGGAAUCAGAGGAGAGCUUUGCUCAUGAGAUAGAACAGUUGAUUGAGAAGGAGAACUUUUCAAGCAUGAUGGAUUUGCAAGACAUUGCUGAAUCAGACAUAAAAGACUUGGUGUCUGGUUCCCUGCAGCACACAUGCUAUGAAUCAUGUUGGCAAGAUGUAAUGAAUUCAACUGACCUUGAACAGGAUAAGCCAGGGGAUAAAGAAGAAAAUAGUGGUAACAUUAGACCCUCUAUCUUGCCUAACUCUGUAGAGGUUGAGUCCACAUUGAAAGCACAUUCAGACAAGGCAAUAUUAGAACCUGCUUUUGAGACCGAUGCUGGUCUUGUUGAAUAUUCCGAUAUUAGCAGCUGCUCUGACACAGAAGCAAAUCUUGAUUGCAAUUUGAGUUCAUCAGGCCUAAGCAACCAGGCUGGUCAGCCUUCAGAUGGAGACCUUGAUUCAAGUAAUGCAAUGCACUUAUCUGUGGAAGCGGAUAUGAGUGUAAUAAAUGAGCAACAGGACACUGGACCUCCAGUAGCCACAGGUGAGAGCAAUGAAAGUGUAAACCAAACUGGUAGUGACUGUAGUGAGGGGUUACUUACAAAUGCUGAGGUUCCAUAUACAGAAGUACAAGAUGUGGACAAUAUGAAUGGUGCAGUGCCUUUGUCAAAAGAUGGGCAAAUGGAGGAAAUGACUUGUGAAUUGGAAUGUUUUUUGGAUCAUUGCAAAGAGAUUAGUACCUCUCAGGAUGGUUCAACUUGUGUCUCAAAUCAUGCAAAUAUUGAUACUUUAUUGACUUCUAAUAGGGAUGAAAACAUUUGCACAACCAUAGAUUCAUUAGGUUUUUGCCAAUUGGAAAGGACAAACCCAGAUCCUGAAAACACAUCAUCAAACCCUGACCUUGAGAAAACAUUUGUGAUUUCCGGUGAUGGAAAAUGUUCACUUGGUGACCACCAAUUAGAUGUAAUUAACCAAAAUCCUGAAAACACAUCCUCAAAGCCCAACUUUCAAGGGAAAAUUGAGAUCUCUGGCCAUGGAAAAGAUUCUCUUGAUGGCUGUCUAUUGGAAAGUAACCACCUAGAUCCUAAAAGCACAUCAUCUAAACCUGGAUUUCAAGAGACAAUUGGGUUAUCUGGACAGGGAGAAAAUUCUGUUGAUAUCUAUCAAUUGGAAAGCAACAAUACCGAUCCAAAAAGGAUCUCUUCAAAGCAUGUCCAUGGAAAUUCUUCUCCACUACAAGGACAGAAAUGCUUUACAUCAGAUAGUGAACAAGUCGAACGAAGUAGUUUUGGAUUCCUCGAGUCUUGUUUUGGUUUAAAAACUACAGCGCAGAAGACUGAGGAACUGAAACACCUGGAACAUGCACAUGUAAACAAAAUCAAUGAGUGUAGUCCAUUUAAUCACACUGAACCACCAGUUCUUCUGAAAACUGCCUUUGAAUUUAAUAAAAUGGAUGAGGGAACUGAUGUGCCAAAAGAUCCACCAGAACUCAGGACAGACCUAACGUCCAGGACCUCACUGGAUCCUGGACAGCAAAAAUGUCUGACUGGCAAUGGCACCAUUUUCAAGACCCAAAAUAGAAAACUGCAGCCUGUUGUUCUCCUUAAGACAACUGCAAAAAAAACUUGUAAUGGAAAAAGAUACCAUUGCGUUGAGUGCCAAGAGUCCGUUCAAAGUGUAGAUGAACUAAUUGAGCACCACCACUGCAUGCAUUCUCUUCAUAAGUUUCAGUAUUGUCCAACUUGUGAAAGUUACUUUGCUGGUGGUACAUUGGCUGGACAACACUUUUGUGGGAAAGUCGAGCUUAAUGACAAGAUAAAACCAUCCCUCUUGCAUACCAAAGGGCUAACUGAGGAUAAAGCAAAGUUCAUAUGUAGGUACUGUAGGAAGUCCUUUGUUCGACAACCUUUUUAUAUAGAACAUGAGCUGAAGCACACAGUUGUCACACAUCAUAGAUGUAACCGUUGUGGAUUAUACUUUCCUAAUGCUCACAAAUGUCAAAGACACAAGCAUAAAGCAAGAUGCACACCUUUGAUACUAGACCCUUCUAUACAGACUGCAGAUCAGUCAGAAUUAAGCCAUGAAAAGAGUGAAAUGGCAGACGUAGUUGAAACAGUUGGCGCCGAUGUAGAACUUCAUAAUUGCUUUGUGAAACUAAUGGAUGUUUGCAAGACAAGCCGAUCACCUGAACGAAUACAUUGUGAAGUAUGUGGAAAGACUUUCAGGCUCAGAGCACAACUGAAUGCACACCUUAGAUCACAUUCUGAUGAGAAACCCUUCAAAUGUGACAACUGUGGAAAAGCAUUCAAAUAUACCUGGAAUGUUAGCAAACAUAAACGAGAGCAGUGUUCUCAAAAGAUUGUCCCACAUGAAAAAUCUUCAGUUCCAGAUAGCAAGUUCCCAGCAAAGUUUAAAUGCCCAAUCUGUUUUCACGUUUUCAAGUACUUCUACAAUCGUGCACGUCAUUUGCGUCAACAGUGUCUCAAUGACUACAUGAAAAAAGGCAAAGGAAAGAUUGGUGAUAAAUAUAAAUGUCCUUUGUGUAAAGAUAUGUUUACUUUGGCCAGCAACCGCAAUAGACAUAUCAAGCAAACCUGCAUUAAACUUAAAAUCUAUACAGCCAAAGGAAAGGUAAAACAAAAAAAACAGUUGGAGGAACUUAACAAUUCCAAAAAAGAGGACAAAGAGUCACCAUUGACAGUGUCCUUACAAAAAGCAUCGGGAUACAAAUGCAAUUUUUGUCCAGCGGAGUAUUCUAGCAAGUCUGGUUUCUACGGCCAUCUAGCAAAGCAUAAAUUGCUUGGACAUGCCAAAAAGGUAAUCAAGCACAAGCAUGGCAAUGCUGUUAAUUUUAAAAAUUCAAGCUCUCCUGGGCAAAGACCAUCUAGCCAAGAAUGUGCUGAUGACACAAGACUUCCUUUCUCUUGUCGCUUCUGUGGAAGAGCCUUCGCUUCACCGGACUCAUUAAAAAAGCACUUACAACUUCAUAAAGGAAACAAACCUUUUCGUUGUUUAGACUGUGGUAAAAAUUUUGCCAGACAUGGACACCUAAUGGCUCACAAAAAUGUGCACAGGAGGAAUGUACAGUGUUCAGUCUGCUGGGAAGUUCUGCCGUCUAUUGGAGAUUUGCUAAAGCACAGACAGUCCCAUCCAAAAAAGGGCAUGCUUAAGUGCCCUGAUUGCCCUUUGCAGUUCAAGUUUCCAGUAUUUCUGCUUCGACAUGUGGCUGUGCAUGAGAGAAGGCGCAAACUUGAGGAACUUCUCCCUCCAAAGAACCAAGCUACACCUCAAAAGGUACAAGAAAAUUACAAAGAGGAGUUCAAAUGUGUUCUCUGCCAAGAAGACUUCAUGGACUCAAAGGCACUUAGUGAGCAUUGUUUAUCUCAUAUGCCUGAACCUUCUGCAUCCAAAUGUCAGUUCUGCAAACAUCAUUUCUCAAGUCGUACUGCGCUUAUUCGUCACAUUCGCCUUCACACUGGUGAAAAGCCUUUUCCAUGUCUAAAUUGUGGCAGGCACUUCCACAGAAAGGAAGUUCUUAAAUUCCAUCAGAAAAAAUGCACAAUGGAGAAACCACCUCCAUUACAAACAUCAAAUGCCAAACAAUUACAGACAGGACAUAGUGUAGGCAGUUCUUCAAAAAAGGCAAGCAAAGCCUAUAAUUGCUCAUACUGCCCACAUUCCUUUCGCUUUCCAAACAAUUUGAAGCUCCAUGAGAGAGCCCACUUGGCCAAGACAGUUUUCCCUUGCUCAAAGUGUGGGAAGUUUUACAGGAAAAGAAAAUUCAAGGAUCAUGAUGAGCAAUGCAAUGGAGACCAGAUAAAACCUGCUUGCAGAAAAUGUGGGAGAGUUUUUACUAGAAAAAACUACCGAAAUGGUCAUGAAAAGCAGUGCCAGGGCAAGCAUAACAAAACUGAAAUGGAAACUGGAACAGGAACAAAUGAGAAGGGCAAAUUUAAGCAGCAAUGUCCACAAUGCUUUAAAUGGUUUAGAUCUAGCAGUUUUCUACAGAGACAUCUGUCUCUUCAUUCAAAGGAAACCGCAUAUGCAUGCAUGCACUGUGAACAGAAAUUUGACAGUCAGGAUCAGUACUUGCAACAUGAGGCAUUUUGUGAUGGUCUGUGCAAGGAACAUAGACCGGAGAGUUUAAGACGGUCUGAGAAAAUUAAAUCAAUGUUUGCUGUAGUAAAAAAUAAGAAAGAGGACACUGUGGUCCCUGGAGAAAAUGGUGAGGCAUUGAAGUGCAAAUUUUGCACUAAAUCAUUUUUGAGGGCCAGAUAUCUUAGGCGCCACAUUCUCACCCAUACAGAUGUCAAGCCAUAUCGGUGCAAGACAUGUGAAAGUUGUUUCUCACGUUAUGAUCACUUAAAACUGCACCAAUCACGCUGCAGAGGAAAGCGUCAACUUGAGGUACGCGUUGUAAAAAUGAGUCUUAACAGCUUGAGCACAAGUCCCCAUAGCAAGACCCAGGAAGAUGGUGACAUGUUGCAAUGCAAAGUUUGCUCAAAGCGGUUGUCAACCCUGAGUGAUCUGAAGCGUCACAUGGCCAUGCUCCACAUCACAGAUAAACCUUUUCCCUGCAAAAGAUGUGGCAAAACUUACAGUACUAUUAAGACUUUGAGGAGGCACAACCUCACAAUCAGAUGCAAAAAGAUUUCAAAGAAAAUUGUGCCGCCUGCCAAGAAUGAUGUUCAAAUCCAACCAUGCAGAGAAACAUCCAAACUUCUGCAACGUAUACAGGUGCACUACAUGAAUAAAUUUAAAUACCAAUGUGAGUUUUGCCCCCGACGCUUUAAAUUACCUGGACAACUGAAGGUGCAUGUACGUCUUCAUACAGGGGAAAAACCAUAUGGCUGCGCCAACUGUGGGGAGCAUUUCAUCAGAACAGACUACUUGAAACGACACUUGGCUAAAUGCAAUGGAAAGGGAGAAAAUCAAGAAAAAGUUCUUUGUGAUAAGUGUGGUGACCUUUUUACCCGGGAUGCACUUUCUGUACACCAAAAGACAUGUGUCAUUAGCUCAAAAUCAUCCGGAUCACCUCAAGAGGCAAAUCACAAAGACAAGAGCCCCACCAAGAUAAAAGGUUUUUCCUGUGCUAACUGUAGUGACCGGUUUUUGUUGUUCUCCCAGCUCCAGCAACAUUUUUUAGCAAAGCAUAGAUCUGAUCGGCCACAAGAGUCAAAUAACGCUCAGCAGCAAUUGGAAUCAAGUCACAUGCAAGUCAUAAAGCAAGAGCAGAUUGAUGAUGAGAAUGGACAGAACCAAGAAAGCAGCAGUCAGAUAAAUACAAGUGAAGAGCGUGCAUGUACAAAUACAGACCUUAUCAAGCCUCUUAAAUGCCCAGAGUGCAACAUGCAGUUUAAAAAAGCUGGCCUGAGUAUGCACAUGCGCAUACAUACGGGAGUGUACCCACUUUCUUGCAAAAAAUGUCAUGUUGGUUUUUGGACCAGAAAGAUAAUGGAGAAACACAGAAGAAAAUGUACAGGUCACACCAUUGUCUCGAAUAAUGGAUCUGCGAUGGAAAGUGCAGGUGAAUUAAAUGACACUGUUCUUGUAUUUAACAAGGGUUCUAAUACAACAGGGACUGGAGUACUGCAGACUAAAUUCUCAUGUAAAGAUCAAGACCAGGAAAAUGAUGCAGAGAAAGAAGAUGUUUCUAUUCACAAGUAUCAGUGUUCUGAGUGUGAUCAGAGUUUCACCGAUGGACUGAGGCUCAUAAGUCAUUUGGAGGAGCAUGGGCGUGAGGAUCAAGACCGCAGAUCCGAUAUCCACAGAUGCCAUGUGUGCAGUAAAGUAUUUGCUCAAGCUGGUAUAUUGCAAAGGCAUAUGAAAUUGCAACAUCAGGAAAAAAUGGAUAAUACUUGUGAAAUUUGUUUCAAGAAUUUUCGUUUUCCAUCUGACCUGGACUUUCAUAGAGCUUGUCAUGACCCUAGUCGUCCCUUUGUCUGUAACAGUUGUAAGAUGCGGUUUUGGACGGCUAAAGCUCUGACCGUUCACAAAAGGAUGGCUCAUUUGCAUGUACACCCACCCAACUCCAAAGAAUCUAGUGUGAAAGCAAGACCUGAGCAGGCCGAAGUAUAUAGGUGUGAACCAUGUGACAAAACCUAUACGUUAAAAAAGUCAUACAGGGAGCACUGCAGAAUAAAACACAAAGAGGGUUUUAUCAAAACCCUCUCUGAUAAUGAAUUGAAGAAAUCAUCUGGCAGUCCAAGUCAGGAAUCAGAUGAGGAAGACUCCAGAAAUUUUGAAGAUGAAGAUGACAGCGACAAUGACUCAGAUUCAGCACCGUACUUUCCUUGCCACGUUUGUGGUAAAACAUUCUUAACUUCAGAAAGUCUUGAGGAUCAUCAAAGAUGUCAUCUCGGUGAAAAACCGUUUGAGUGUGAAGAAUGUGGGAAGUGCUUUUUCCAGCUUGGGAACUUGCAACAACAUCAGCGGAGCCACAAGUCGGAGUUUCAGUGUCAAAUGUGUGGUAAAGGCUUUGUCUCUCUCUUCUCCCUGCGCAAACACAAGCAGACACACAUCAGAAAGAGUCCUCACCGCUGUACCAAGUGUCACCUGAGCUUUACACGCUCAACGGAACUAGCUGAGCACAUGGUUACCCACCGUGAUGAAAACUUUCCAUGUGACCUUUGUGAUGAAACCUUUUCCUGCAAAACAAGUCGAGCAGAACAUCGCAAGACGCACACAGAGCAAGAAGAGGAGCUUCCACCAUUGAUUCCCCCCAAACUGCCUCAAACAAUGCAAGUGGCCCCUGCCAUCUCAAGUAACGUUGAGCAGUACAAGUACCGCUGUGGAAUUUGUCAAGUAAGAUUUCCAGAUCCAGAACAGCUCUCAGAACAUGGCUGCAAUCAAGCAAAAGAACGCCCAUACUCAUGUCCUGAAUGUAACAAGCAUUUUUUACAUGGGUUCCACCUAAAAAAGCAUCAGCUCAGCCAUCAGCUGUCGGGUCCACGUUCUUAUCAGUGUAAUCAUUGCAGCAUGAGCUUCACACACCACCACCUUUUUCUCACUCAUUUACGAAGCCAUGGGAAUGAAAAUGCUUCCAAGGACACUAACGUUCCUACCAGUGAAAAGAUGGUCCAUGUAGAAACUGUAAAACGUGCCAAAAUUUACCAGUGCCCCAUAUGUCCAGAGAGUUUUUACCAAGCCUUGGACCUCGCAAAUCAUCUCUCUGUUCAUUCUCACAUGUGCAGUGUUUGUAAUAUGACUUUUCCCACUAAGAAAGACCUUGAUGAACACGAACAAUGCCAUUUAACUGCUGCUACUCAGUAUGAAUGCACGGAAUGUGGAGACAGUUUUCUUGGAAGUGAUGCUUUCCAACACCACUGUAGUAAUAGAAAGUUGACCUUUUCAGAAAAGCACCGUUCAGAGCCAUCAGGCUCUUUCUCCAAGAAUCAGAGUUCAGGGACUCUUUUUCAAGCAGGUAAUGACGAAGAGGUGGAGGUUGAUGUUGGAGAAGACUUCAUUAUCUGUCCCAUCUGCAAAAGACGAUUCUCCUCCAAUAGCAGUUUAAUGGAGCAUCAUAAAAAGCAUCAUGAGGAUCCACGUCCUUUUAAGUGCUUGGUUUGUAAAAAAGACUUUACGAAGAAACGCUACCUUACACAGCACCAGCAGAUACACAGUGAACGCCCUUACCAGUGUAAUGUAUGCUCAGAAUCAUUUAAAACAGAAACAUCUCUUGUAUCUCACUGUAAAAUACAUGACGCAAAAAGACAGCACCAGUGCCCAAUAUGCAGCAGAACCUACCUUACAGCAAAUGAUCUCGCAAAACAUAAAAGGAAACAUGUUGAACAUCAAAACCUGAGUGAGGACAACAGAGAGUACCGGUGUGAUAUGUGCUAUAAAUCCUUCACCAUGUUUGCUCAUUUGCAAAAGCAUCAAGAAACCCAUGUAGGACAAGUGGUCUAUGAAUGCACCGAGUGUGACAAAGCCUUUGCUUUUCUAAAUCUUUUGGAGGAGCAUCAGAGGACUCAUGGUGCUGCUUCUACAGAAUCUCUUCAGUCUCAGUCAUCAAUCAAUUUUCCCUAUCAAAGCUCAGUAAAUUAAAGGUCGAAUUACUGAUGAAUCAAUUUCCUGCAAUGCAGGUUAUUCCACAUCAUUCAGUUUUCUGAACAUUGUUAUAAGAUAAAUACAAUUCAUUUGUUGUUUUUACUUGGGCCUAACUGCUUUUAUCCACUCUGAAAUAUGAUGUUGGUGUUUUACCCUUCUGAAAUGGUCUGUUAAUGUUCAUACAAUUUGCUCUGUUCUACAGUUCUAUGAACUGCUCACUAAUUUUUGUUUGUACAGUACUCAGACUGAUGUAAAUUGAAUUUAUGUAAUCUAGAUGAACUAUAGGCAAAUGUGCAUGAAAGUCAUUGGAGAAGUUUAUGUUCCACAGUACAGAUCACAAGGAUGUGUAGAUGUAAAUCUUUUUGAUCAUUUUUUUGAUCUUGCUAAAUUUACUAGCCAUAUAAUGCAUUUUUUAUAUCCUUAUGAAGGUUAGAGGAAAUUGGUAGAUCAAUGUUAAUGUCUCGUAGUAAUGCCCAGCCAUGUUAAUUUUGUUCUGUUUGUAAACAUUUUAAGGUCAAGUUAAGGGGUCAUUACACAGUAGUUUUAUGAUGUGAAUGCCUUUUAAUGUAUUUUGUUUCAUAAAAAUCCAGAUGUACCUUUUUAUUGAGAAUAGUCUUACUUAGUCUUACUAAAAAAAUCAAUUCGUGCUGACAUACAUGGCUAUUAAAACCUGAUGUUAAGUUUCACUUUUAUAUGGCAAUAUUGAGAAUUUCUUCAACUAGUAAAAACAUUUACAUCUG